AUGGAUCUUUCUAACAUCUUUCGAAUUGUUAACAUCGCCGUCGGUGUUGUGAUGGUUCUCGGUGGUAUCUCGCAGUUCUUCCCUCCGUCUAUGAGCUCCAUCAUCGUCGGCAUCUACGUGAUUCUCUUUGGUCUCAUUGUUGGUGGAUUGGAAUUCCUGCCCAACGUUCCCGAUUACGUUUACCGCUACGCGUCCUUCCUUUUCUCUUUCCUGGGACGUGGUGCUUUCUACAUCUUCGUUGGAUGUAUCCUGCUGCACGAUCACGUUUUGCGGUACAUUGCCGGCUCCAUCAUCGGAUUCAUCGGCCUGGGCUACCUUGCCCUGGAGUUCAUUCCCUCCAUCGAGCCCCCUUCCAACAUGCGUGAGAACGACCAGGGUUGGGGCGCCGAGCAGGUCUAA